AUGGCUGACGCCGAUGAGUCUGCAAAACUGUGGAAGGUCAACAGGACGAUACAUGAACUCGUCAAGGACAGGGGAUUCCAAGUCUCGGACGACGAAAUACAGAUGGAUCUGGCUACUUUCCGGCAAGCUUACGCGAACAACGGGGGCAGCGUAGAUCGAAAUCAGCUCAAUUUUUUCACCAACUCGCGCGCGAACCCGGCGGACCAAAUAUUCGUGUUUUUCUCAGAGGAGAAGAGCGUCGGCGUGAAGACUAUGCGAAAAUUGCUGGGUAUUCUCGAGGAGAAGUCCAUACAGCGGGGUAUCAUCAUCUUCCCUGGGAACAUGACCCCGUCCGCCCGCAAGGUCAUCGUCGCAAUGUCCGCUCAAUUCAGGCUCGAAGAGUUCUCAGAAUCUGACUUGCUUGUGAACAUCACCCACCAUACCCUCGUCCCGCGGCACGAGGUCCUCACACCUGAAGAGAAGCGAAACCUGCUCGAAAAAUACCGACUGAAAGAGACUCAGUUACCCCGUAUUCAACUUGCCGAUCCUGUCGCCCGCUACUACGGACUCCGGCGGGGCCAGGUCGUCAAAAUCACUCGACCCAGUGAGACCGCCGGGCGUUACGCGAGUUAUCGCAUAUGCUUUUAAGACCGAGCUAUAUCCGAUACCUGUACGUUAAACUGGCCCCGCUCACGAUCGGGAUGGCAUGGGAUACCGCCGCCGCCACCUCUUCUCGUCCCAUCGUGGCGGUCGCUGCUACCCCCCUCUCCUGUGCGACGCUCUUUCCUCGCAUGUGGUCGCGCACACCCUUGUAAUCCCCCCGUGCUCCGACUAUCGCAACGCAUUUCCG